ACCAAUAACCAAGGCGUUCUUGAAAUAUGUCCGGUCCCAUUUGGAAAAUAUGUACAUUGUCCAAAGCUGAACACGCAACACACGAUCACUCUACAACUCAACGUUAUACUCCUAUCAAACACAAACAGAAUUGAACAUCAUGGCUACAACAACUUCGUCUUUUAUGUUUCUUAAACGAAUUCUUACAUCAUCGCCUUGUCGUGCCAGAAUUGGAUCCCUCAGAUAUUCCAAAUUAACAAUCAAGGCUCAAUCUUCUGAUGUCAGAAAGGAACAUGUUGUAAUCGUGGGUGGUGGGAUAGCAGGCCUUGCAACUGCACUAUCCCUUCACAGGCUUGGUGUUCGGUCUUUGGUACUGGAACAGUCGGAGUCACUUAGAACUGGUGGAACUUCACUCACCCUUUCCAAAAAUGGGUGGAGUGCUCUUGAUUCAAUUGGAGUAGCAAAUUAUCUCAGAACUCAAUAUUUAGAAAUUCAAGGGAUAGUGCUGAAAUCUGAGGAUGGAAAAGAACUACGUGCUUUAAAUUUCAAAGAAAAGGACGGAAGCCAAGAGUUGCGUGCAGUGGAGAGGAGGGUACUUUUGGAAACCUUGGCUGGACAACUGCCUACGGAUACCAUUCAAUAUUCUUCACGGUUGGUCAAGAUUGAACCAAGUCCAAAUGGGGAUACCUUCUUGGAAUUUUUGGAUGGGUCUAAAAUACUUGCAAAGAUUGUAAUAGGGUGCGACGGCAUUCGAUCCCCGAUAGCUAAGUGGAUGGGAUUUUCUGAGCCAAAUUACGUUGGUUAUUGUGCUUUCCGUGGACUUGCCUCCUAUUCAGAUGGACAACCUUUUGAGCUACGGGUGAAUUACAUCUAUGGAAAAGGGUUACGUGCAGGAUAUGUUCCUGUUUCUCCUACCAAAGUGUAUUGGUUUGUCACCUUCAAUAGUUCAUCUCCAGGUCCUAAAACAACCGAGCCAUCGGUGCUAAAGAAGCAAGCUAAGGAUCUUGUAGAAAACUGGCUUCCAGAGCUACUAAACAUAAUGGAUUCUACGCCGGAUGACACUAUAGUCUUGACUCCGUUGAUGGAUCGAUGGCUUUGGCCAUGGAUAAGUCCACCUGUUUCUAGAGGUAGAGUUGUACUCGUUGGAGACGCUUGGCACCCAAUGACUCCAAAUAUUGGGCAAGGAGCAUGUUGUGCUCUAGAGGAUGCAGUCGUUCUUGCUAAAAAGCUUGCUGCAGCCAUUAACUCUGAUGACGACACUUCUAUCGAAGACGCUUUUAGAUCAUAUGGCAAUGAAAGAUGGUUGCGCAUAUUUCCACUAACCAUACUGGCAAACCUUGUGGGUUCGAUUUCGCAGUCGGACAACCCACUGGUGUGUUAUGUUAGAAACAAUAUUGUCAGGGACAGAGUCAGGAAAAAUAGUUAAGGGUGGCGAAAAUUUUACACAUAUACAUAGUUGUUUUUAUGUUUGAAAUAAUUCAUUUGAGUUAAUUUUUUUAUUAAAUGCAUCA